AUGGUCAAAAAAGCGAAAUGGCUGAAGAACGUAAAGAAGGCUUUUAGUCACGAUUUAAAGAAGUUGAAACACCAAUCGGCAGAGUGUCAAAACAGUGUGAUCUCGUAUCCUGUCUUGGUAGCGACAUCAAGAAGCUCUCCUCCUCAGUUUGAAGUGAGAGUUGAUGAGGUCAACUACGAACAUAAGAAGAAGAAGAAUCUGACCCCUCCUUCUCCAGAUUCCGUGACUGCUACAGAUGAACAUGUUCAUGUAGAUUCACCUCCAUCUCCUCCUCCUGAGUCUGUUGAUCAAUCUCUACCUGAAAGGUUUCCAGGAAAGUCAAAGGAAGAAGCAUCUUCCAUCUUAAUCCAAGCUUCUUUUAGGGGCUAUUUGGCAAGGAGAGAAUCACGUGGGAUGAGGGGAUUGGCGAGGCUGAAGAUAUUGAUGGAAGGAUCUGUUGUGCAACGUCAAGCUGCCAACACACUUAAAUGCAUGCAGACUCUCAGUCGUGUGCAGUCACAAAUCCGAUCGAGGAGGAUCAGGAUGUGUGAAGAGAAUCAGGCUCGACAUAAGCAUCUCCUUCAGAAGCAUGCCAAAGAGCUUGGAGGCGGCUUAAAGAAUGGGGGCAAUUGGGAUGUUAGCAAUCAGUCCAAGGAACAAGUAGAAGCGAGUUUGUUGAGUAAGUAUGAGGCUACAAUGCGAAGGGAAAGAGCUUUGGCUUAUGCAUUCACACAUCAGCAAAACUUGAAGAGCAACCAGAGAGGUGCAAACACUAUGUUCAUGGAUCAUAGCAACCCGACUUGGGGAUGGAGCUGGUUAGAAAGGUGGGUGUCUGACCGACCAUGGGAGAGCUCAGAGAAAGAACAUAACAACAACGAAAGUCCCUCGGUUAAGACCUCGGCUAACCGUAAUUCUCAUGGAGGAGAAACAGCAAAAUCUUCAAACCGCAAGAAACUCAAUAGCUUGACUAAACCUAAUACCCCAUCAUCAACAUCCACAUCCACAACAAGAAAGAUGAGGCCAACUCCAUCGUCCAUAAAAUCCAAGACCACGGACGAAAUCAACAAGAGCUCGGAGAAGGAGAAGAACCGUAGGAACAGCAGUGCGAGGUCAUCGGUUAGUGACGACGAGGGGCUGGCUAGCUCAACGGCUCGACGAAGCAACAUGGUUCCCACAAAGUUAUCAGCACGAGGAAAGAUCAAGGCCCAGGGAUCAUCAGGCGUCUCUAUGAAAACAGAGGAAAAUUUAUCGGAGAAAGCACCAGCAAAGAAAAGGCUCUCCUACUCAUCAGCUUCUCCUGCGCCAAAACCUAGACGGUCCUCAGCCCCGCCCAAGGUGGGAAACGGCGCUCUCAAGGUGGUUAAAACGCCGUAA